AUGCCUGUCAGAGGUGAUCCAGACAAUCUUCUGGUCGGACGUCAUCUGGACCUUCCUCUGGAUGACCUCGCAGCAUCCUUGAGGCAGGCCUCUGCAGAUCGCUUCGAUUUUGUGUCAAUCCCGCUCGCUGCUCAAAACGGACAGGGUGUUGGACACGAAUUCAGACCCUCCGUGGAGUCAUGCCUGUCGUUGGAGGGCGAUAAAUGGCGGACAGCUGUCGUGGGCAGAGUCUCCGAGUCCUUGGAUCUGGACUGCAGCCCACAGACGGAGGAGCUUCGGCUCCAGCUCGAGACGGAACUGCGCUGGGCUAGCAAGACACUGUCUGCACAGAAUUCGGUAAUGAUUGGCCUCGGACAGCCGACCAGACAAAUGGCCGAUGUCUGCCAGCAGCAAGAAGCUCUUCGAUGUCUCUGCGGCUCUCAGCGCGUUUGGAUUGAACAGGAUGUGGAAGCAGCCGUGCCCGGAGGCAGUUCUUCCACGGUGCAUUCCAAGACAGCGCAGUCCGGCUGGGACAUUGCAGAGCUGGCUUCAGGCCCACACCUGCGCGGAAUUGUGAUGGUUGUGUCUCUUGCGUUCUGGUUCGCUGCCAGGACAUGGCUGCCGCAGAUCUCCAUGCUCCCUUUCGUAAUGCUGUGCACAGCGUCCACGAGUGCCUUGUGGUGCACGCCAGAAGGUGUUGUUGUUUCGCUUGGGCCAGUCCCGCUUUGCAUCUUCAGACGACGAAUACCGUACAGGGACAUCACUUCAAUCGUGGUGGUCCGUGGACGCAAAUCUGUGGCUGUUGCGAUGGCAAAGCACUUGUUCCGCUUAUGGCAGCCUUUUGGAUAUGUCUACGCAUUGACACUGGGCAAGGACGUCGUCGACAUUCGACUCCACCAUUGCAAGGAGAAGGAGUCCGCAGAUGACAUCUCGUCGGCACCUGCAGGCAGCUGGCUGCCUUGGCUUCGCUGCAGCCCCUGCACACUGCUGGUCUCAGUGGACAAGGCCGACGAUGUGGUGGCUCACGUCCAGUUCCGUUCAGAACAUGGUCCGCUUGUGCCGCUGCCCCAUGCUCUUCGCGGCUGCGAAGUUAAGGCAACUGCCGCGAAAUGGGUGGUCUGUGACAUCUUCGAAAUGUUGCUGUCCUGGCAUGCACGCAAUCGAGUCGCCUGCGAUGCAUGUUCCCUGCUCUUGCAACCAUUCCAGGAGGCCAACCAGAGCUAUGCGUGGGCCGCACGGAGCCGCACUGCCUGA